AUGGCUCCCGACGGCGUUCCUCUUGUUGCUCCUGUCAGUGUUUCUCUUGCGGCUCCCGACGGCGUUACUCCACCUCCCAACGGCUUUCCUCUUGUGGCUCCUGUCGGUGUUCCUCCUCCUCCCAACGACAUUCGUCCUCUUCCUCCCGACGGCAGUCCUCUUACGGCUCCCGACGGGCAAAAAUGGCGUCGGAUGUGCAAGGAUGAUCCAAAACUCUCUAUUCUUUUGAAUGGACCAUCUCGCUUGGAGGAUGAAAUGCUAGGGUUGGGAGGCACUCCCGGCGGCGUUCCUCUUGCGGCUCUCGAAGGUGUUUCUCUUGUGGCUCCCGACGGCGUUGCUCUUGCUGCUCCUAUAAGUGUUUCUCUUGCGGCUCCCGACGGCGUUACUCCUCCUCCCAACGGCUUUCCUCUUGUGGCUUCCUUCGGUGUUCCUCCUCCUCCCGACGACAUUCGUGUUUCUCUUGUGGUUCCCGAUGGAGUUCCUCUUGUUGCUCUCGAAGGUGUUUCUCUUGUGGCUCCCGACGGCGUUCCUGUUGCUGCUCCUGACAGUGUUUCUCUUGUGGCUCCCGACGGCGUUACUCCUCCUCCCAACGGAUUUCCUAUUGUGGCUCCCGUGGGUGUUUCUCCUCCUCCCGACGACAUUCGUCCUCCUCUUCUCGACGGCAGUCCUCUUACGACUCCCGACGGGGUUCCUCCUCCUCCCAAUGAUCUUCCUCUUGUGGCUUCCGAUGAUCUUCAUCUCAGGCAAAAAUGGCGUCGGAUGCGCAAGGAUGAUCCAAAACUCUCCAUUCUUUUGAGUGGACCAUCUCGCUUGGCGGAUGAAAUGCUAGGGUUGGGAAGCACUCCCUGCGGUGUUCCUCUUGCGGCUCUCGAAUGUGUUUCUCUUGUGGUUCCCGAUGGAGUUCCUCUUGUUGCUCUCGAAGGUGUUUCUCUUGUGGCUCCCGACGGCGUUCCUGUUGCUGCUCCUGACAGUGUUUCUCUUGUGGCUCCCGACGGCGUUACUCCUCCUCCCAACGGAUUUCCUAUUGUGGCUCCCGUGGGUGUUUCUCCUCCUCCCGACGACAUUCGUCCUCCUCUUCUCGACGGCAGUGUUUCUCUUGUGGCUCCCGACGACGUUCCUCUUGCUGCUCCUGUCAGUGUUUCUCUUGCGGCUCCCGACGACUUUACUCCUCCUCCCAACGGAUUUCUCUUGGGCUCCCGUUGGUGUUCCUCCUCCUCCCGACGAUAUUCGUCCUCGUCUUCCGACGACAGUCCUCUACGGCUCCCGACGGGGUUCCUCCUCCUCCUCCUCCAAUGA